AGGUCCCAGAGUGCAAUGCGUUUCCUUGAGUCCAGCGGCUUUCAGGGACUGCAUGUCCCAGCAUGCAGUUCGGCUUACAGCCUUCCAACACGUCCGGGAGCCGUAGCCAAGGUGGAACUUGGUAUGAGAGGCUUUGUAGUCGGCAUCGGCCACGUUGCUUCCCGGGCGAGACUGGUGUUUGAAGAUGAUGUAGGAAAGAAGGUGCCUUCUGUUCCAGAAAGCCUUUUAAAAAAGCGAAAGGCUUUUGCAGAUAUAAAGGCCAAGCGUCUGAAGAGGCUAGUGAUUCAAAAGAAGCUUCGUAAAGCACAAAGAAAACUCAUUUAUGCAAGAGCUCAGGCCUAUCACAAGGAGUACAGGCAAAUGUACAGAAGUGAGAUUCGUAUGGCUGAUCAGAAUCAGAGGGCAGGGAGCUCUUACAGCCCCUUCCACCCUUCCAUGUCUUUUUUUACACUUUACAGUAUCAAUGGAGUUAGCCCCAAGGUCCGUAAGGUAUUGCAGCUUCUUCGCCUACGUCAGAUUUUCAAUGGCACAUUUGUAAAACUCAACAAGGCUUCAAUUAACAUGCUGCGGAUUGUUGAACCCUACAUAGCAUGGGGUUACCCCAAUCUGAAAUCUGUGCAUGAACUGAUCUACAAGCGUGGUUACGGCAAGAUCAACAAGCAGCGCGUUGCUCUGACUGACAAUUCUCUGAUUCAGCGGUGUCUUGAGAAAUAUGGCAUCAUCUGCAUGGAAGAUGUGGUCCAUGAGAUCUACACUGUUGGAAAGAACUUCAAAGUGGUGAACAACUUUCUUUGGCCCUUCAAGUUAUCGUCUCCUCGAGGUGGAAUGAAAAAGAAAACUAUCCACUUUGUGGAAGGUGGAGAUGCUGGCAACAGGGAAGAUCAGAUUAACAGACUCAUAAGGAGAAUGAACUAAUGGUGCCCAGCAAGUGGACUUCCCUACUCUUGUCUGUUAAUAAAAAAAAAAUGUGCACAACA